AUGGGAGCAAGUCAAUCGAAAACACCGAUCGCCAAUGAGAAGCUGCUAAUCGAGCGACUUCGGGCUUUGCAGCUCAAGGACGAUGCCCAGGAUCGCGAUCAAGCUGAUAGCGACUACGUCCACCUCACCGAGAAGGAUGUUGCGCGAUAUUCAGGGAGUACUCACUCUAGGGCUCCAUGGACCAGUUUGACAACUUCUGAUAUCGCUCACUGGGAGCACGAGCUUCUGCAGGACUCUAAGAACAGGCUGGCACUCUGUGCCCUUACCUCCUCAAGCCCCAGGGAAGUCCUCUUAUCUCGAGCUACUGUGAUCAAAGACCAGCAAGUCUUCUCGGUCAAGAUUCCCUUCGAAGGGGCACCGAUUACCAACCAGCGAUCAUCGGGGCGAUGUUGGCUUUUCGCAUCCACGAACGUGUUUCGAGUCGCGCUCAUGAAGCGUCACGAUCUUGACAAAUUCGAGCUCUCACAAGCCUACCUCUUCUUCUACGACAAGCUCGAAAAGGCGAACUUUUACCUGGAGCAGAUUGUCGAUACUGCCGGUGAAGAUCUUGAUACUCGACUUGUGCAGACGCUGAUGAGCGACCCGGUCAGCGAUGGCGGACAAUGGGAUAUGGUGUAUAAUCUAGUCAACAAAUACGGUCUCCUUCCGCAAGCUUUAUACACAGAUAGCUUUAACGCACAAAAUACGGGGGCUAUCAACAGCUUGAUCACAACCAAGCUUCGAGAAGACGGACUUAAACUCCGAGAAAUGGCAACAUCUGGGGUCUCAGAGAAGGGAAUCAUAGCUGCGAAGGAAAAGAUGCUGCGUGAGAUUCAUCUCAUCCUGACGCUUACCCUUGGGCCGCCACCUGCACCAAAUGACGAAUUUACAUGGAGUUAUUUGGAUAAGAAUGGCGCAGCACAUCAAAUGAAGACGACGCCUUUGGCAUUUGCGAAAGAACUGGAGUCACCUAAAUCUAUACGCAUUACUAACUCCACCGUCCACGAUAUGUUUUCUCUAAUCAAUGACCCGCGAAACGAAUACGGGACUCUCCUCUCAGUCGAUAGGCUUGGAAAUAUUGUCGGAGGGCACGGCAUUCAAUACGUUAAUGUUUCGAUGGAUACCUUGAAGGGCGCUUGCAUCAAGAUGCUUCAAGCCGGUCUCCCAAUUUUCUUUGGGUGCGAUGUUGGAAAAUAUAGCAACUCGAAAUUCGGUAUAAUGGACACUGAUCUUAUCGACUACGAAUUAGGAUUCAAUGUUCAACUCGGCAUGUCAAAAGCGCAGAGAUUGAUGACUGGCGAGAGCCAAAUGACCCAUGCGAUGGUGCUUACAGCAGUACAUUUGGAUGAACAAGGUAAGAGUGUAAGAUGGAGGGUGCAGAAUAGUUGGGGCGAAGCUGCAGGCAGCGAGGGAUGGUUUGUUAUGAGUGAUAAGUGGAUGGAUCAGUUCGUUUACCAAGCUGUGGUUGAGCCUAGGUUUGUGGACAAGAGCAUAAGUGAUGUGCUGAAGACGAAGCCAAAGGUACUCCCGCUGUGGGAUCCUAUGGGCUCCUUAGCCUAA